AUGGCCUCGCCUCCUGGCCGCGAGCCAGUAACGGCAUCAGCCAUGGCCCGCGAAGCUAACAAAUACAUCCGCGAGAUCCUCCACGCCCCCGAAGCGCCCCCGCCCAUACCAGUCCGCUACUUCUACUCCUCACCCCUCGCUCUGGACGACCCUCUGUCUCCGGUACCGCCGCCUCUGACCGGCUCCACGGCACAGAAGCAGCAUCGACCUCGACCCUUCUCUACGUAUGACAAUGAAGAGCUGGACAAGGCAUGGCUGGAGCUACGGCGGAAGAUGCUCAAGCUUGCUGAGGAUAAUGGCGGAGAAAAACGGCGGCCUGACGAGCCGGAGGCAAGCUCUAGUGUCCUCCGUACGGGUCUUGGUAAGGGCAGCGGCAGGGGGCAAGAGCCUAUUUAUGAUCCACGGCGGAGGACUAUACCGAGUCUCGCAAGGCAGCAGGGCGCUCUAAGCAAUGAGCCUAUUAGCGGUUCCUUUGGGUCGGCAAGCUCAGCGUCUCCGCCGAAUUUCCUUCACAGGGAACCCAGAGAUAGAGAGCUAAGCGCUGUUGCCGACACGACCCUUUCCGGCUCGAUCCGUGCUCUCGAUGUUGGCACUUUCGAUCUUAGUACAGAGACCCCGGCGACAACGGGGACACCGUUUAUACGAGCACCCUCCCGGAGAAACGUCGUCACAUCUAGAAAGGAGAGAUCCUCCCUAUCUUCUCGUCCAGUGCCUUUCGAGUAUGACAGCUACAACUGGGACGACGACCACUUUGCAGGACAGGCAUCAGGCCACGAACGCGUACCAAGUAAGGAGCGCCCAACCCCAGAGCCCUCCGGCCCCUCAGCAAAAGUCCCCGUAGGAGUCUCCCGCCUCCACAAUGUCGUUAUGCCUCGGUUACAAAUGGAGCCCAUCUACUGGAUUCCUGUCAACGACAUCGCUACUGUCACGCGGGGCACGUGGUUCUACAAAGAUACGAUGCUGCCGGUGGAGGUCGAUGUCGCGAAUAUGCUUGAGGCGGGCUAUGUGGAACUGAGGCCGUGGACCCAGUCGUGGACCGAUGAGCUUAAUAGCGCGGUCGAGGUUGGGGCGCUCGGCGAGAUGAAGGUGCUGCAUAAGUUGUGGCCUGAGAAGUCGAAGAAGCCGGAGAGUAGGCCGGGAACGGCGCAGGGUUCGGAGAGGAUGAUGAGUACGGGAUCGGUAGAGAUACCCGAAAGUCCUGAGAAGGAAAGGGAAGCAGUCGUCGAGAUCGCUGGCGAUCUCAUCGACAUUUCCACAGGUCCUGAUGGACCCGAUAAUAAAGCUGCCGGUUCAGCUUCGUAUGGCAGAGACGGGCAGAAGCGGUUGUACCUUGGCGCUGGGGUGAUCUACGCGACCGAGACUGAGGCUUAUGUCCUACGCCAGAACCUCCAGCCAUCAGCUUACUACGGCCGAAGACCGCUAGCCAACUAUAUCCGCAAAGGGCGCAGCAUAGGCAUCUGUGUUGUACGCGGCUUUGACCAGGAUGUCUGGGAUAAGUUGCAUCCUCCAAAGAAAGGCGUAACAGCAACAAAGGCUCGCGAAGGUGUAUCGACUUCUCAAGCUGGAGCUCCUCCGAUUCGGCGACAGAAGCUUGAUUCAACUCUUGCGCAGUCCGACAGACCGAUAGUGACUGAUCUCGUGUUAGUCAUCCAUGGUAUCGGACAGAAGCUUUCGGAGCGCAUGGAGAGUUUCCACUUCACACAUGCUAUCAAUGCUUUCCGGCGAGAGGUCAAUGUUGAGCUUGGCACCGAUAGCGUCAAAGCACAUCUGAGACCGGAAUUAGGCGGUAUAAUGGUUCUGCCGGUCAAUUGGCGGCUAAGGCUGUCCUUCGAAGACGGUGGCUAUCGAGACACAGAUGAGAAUACUACCUCAAAUCAAUAUACGCUCAAAGACAUCACACCCGACACCCUACCCUCUGUCCGCGGUAUCAUCAGCGACGUGAUGCUCGACAUACCCUACUACCUCUCCCGUGAGCACAACCCCAAAAUGGUCGCCGCCUGCAUCAGCGAAGCCAACCGGAUCUACAAUCUCUGGUGCUCCAACAACUCCGGCUUCGCGGAACACGGCCGCGUGCAUCUCAUCGCUCACUCCCUCGGCAGCGUCAUGGCCGUCGACAUCCUCAGCAACCAACCAACUCAUACCCCCACCCACCACCCCGACCCCUCGAGCCCCGCCCCCGCCAUCCCAUCCGACCACUUCCUCUUCGACACCAAGUCCCUCUUCGUCUGCGGCAGCCCCUCAGGCUUCUUCCUGCUCCUCAAGAAAGCAGCCCUGCUCCCCCGCCGCGGCCGCGCCAAGCCCGGCGGCGAAAUCCUUGAUGCAGAUGUAGCAGGCGAGCAGGGCACCUACGGCUGCCUCGCCCUCGACAACAUCUACAACAUCGUCAACCCCUACGACCCGGUCGCGUACCGGCUCAACGCCACCGUCGAUGCCACCUACGCCGCGGCGCUGAAACCAGCCUUUGUGCCGAGCGCCAGCACCUCGUGGCUUCCCGCUCUAGGCAACCCGUUCCGGGGCUCGCUGAGCAGCGCGGAGGCGGCAGUGGGCAGGAAGCCAGCCGUGCCGCGCAUGCCGAGUAACGUCGAGCUGGAGACGCACGAUUUCAGCAGGGAGGAGCUCGCGGAGCGGAAGGCGUUUUUGCUGAACGACAACGGGCAGAUUGACUGGUUUCUGAAGUAUGGAGGCGGCGCGCUCGAGAUCCAGUAUCUCACGAUGCUGGGCGCGCAUAGCAGUUACUGGAUCUCGAGGGAUUUUGUUAGAUUUGUUGUUGUCGAGGUCGGCAGGGGGUUGGGGAGGGAGGGAACGGUGCCGGGGAUGCGGGCUGUGAAGAGGAAGGUGCUGGUUGGGUGA